AUGACUGAACCAUUCGAUCCAAGCAUCACGAAGCUUGAUCACCCACCCCUGCAGGUGAAUAAUAACAAUUACGUCUUUCAAGUCGUCACCAAAAUCGACGGUAUCUACACACCUAUUUCCAUUGUGAACCAAGUCCCGUUCAAUGAGGGCUGUUGGAGGAAAAAGGACAAGCUAUGGGUCGCCGAACGCAGCCUCCUCAUACACAAUUUUCUCUCGAACAAGGACCCAGCCGCUCGCUGCAGACUUGAGGCCGAGAAGAAAUCGGUCCUCGAAGUGAGCCGCAAAUACCGGUUCUGGUUCCGCUAUGACCUGGGGGCUGCCAAGGAUGCCCGCUUCCUGGCUAAGAGUAUUCCCGGCAGACAAACGGCUUUGCGGAACCCGCAAAGAGCACUCAACCCAUACACUACAUGCGGCAUCUUGGACUGCCUCGGCCAACAAGCUUUGAAAGAGAAGACUAGCAUUGAACAGUUUCUCAAGCAGCCGUCUAUCUGGGCUCCAAACAGUCUCAAAUCUGUUGUAGACCCUACAUCAGACUUUACGAUUGUCGUUUUUGAUACAACUGACCUGGAUAAUAUAAAAGUGGGCGUCAUUGAAAUGCCACCAGGCUGCAAUGGCAGAGAAGACAGACGUCUGGUAACGAUGGAAGAGUACUGCAACGCUGAGUUUGGGCGGUACACUCCAAUGGGGCAGUCAGUGAUUAAAUCUAUUCACAAUCUCCCUCGUCUUGACGAUUUGACUGUUUUGCAACUGGUCUGGAACACCGAGGAACUGACGAAUUGGGCCAACAAACACGCAGCGCUUCCGAAAGAGCCAACCAGCGAAGCGGCUUUGGCCGAAAAGUCAUUGGCGGAGUUCAAAAACAUCUCGAAUUUUACCCCAUUGGCACUCGAAAGGUGCUUCCCACGCGACGGCAACCUCACAAACUUCUUCGAGGACAAGGGUUUGAAGAUUGCCGAUGAUGAAAUUGCCGGAUUGAUCCUGUCUUGGCUCUACCGUCCCGACCUCGCACUGGUAGCUGUCAAGGAUCUGACUAUUGAGCGACUCAUACAUGGGCUCCGACACCAAUCUCUGGUCCUUGACAAUUUCAGCCUCAGCUUCUCGGCCUGGGUCCUGAUUGAGAGCACUGCUGAGCAACGAGAGAAGCUAAUCACGGUUCUGAAACUGCAGAAUGAGCGUCUGGAGACGGUGUAUAUCGCAGACGCGCCGAUGAAUCCAACGGAUAGUGCAGCGACGAGGACCCUGCUCAUCAAGAGCGCAGAGGCGCAAGCUGAAUUCCUCGGAGAGAUCCGCCGCGCAUACGAUCCGCUCUUGAAGAAAGUCCAGUGCAGCAGCAUGUACACUGGGAAACUGGACUACAUGCUAGGUGGACUCGACAAGAUAAGCUCUGAAGCUACAGAUAUUCUGCGUUGGAUGGCAGCUGAAUACCCCUGUUCAACGCAUGAGUCCUCUAUCAUUGGCAGAGCGCCAUCCAUCUUAUCAACGACACAUACCUCAUCCGAGUCCGGAGUCGACUGGUAUCAGAAACCCGACUGGUAUCAGGAACCCGACUGGUAUCAGAAACCCGACUGGUAUCAGGAACCCGACUGGUAUCAGAAACCCGACUGGUAUCAGACACCCGACUGGUAUCAGAAACCCGACUGGUAUCAGGACCCGAGCGGGCGAUAA